UCCACCUCAACAGCCCUGGAUAUCCACAGCCAAUAAGACGAGGUAGACUGGCCGCAACAAGGGUUCAUCUUUACUGCUGAGGAUCAGCACCGAGGCCAGAGUAACAUUGAAACAUGUGAUCUGCACGACCUACACCAAGGUAGGUCAAAACAACCGCUUGAGUUGAAACACUUACAAAGCCAGUGUGCCACAGCACCUAGCACCUAGCACCUCUGCGCUACCGAAGACCUUUACCCUACUUAAGAAGCUUCUUUUGGAUCGCACACAGACACACCUCGGGUGGAAGAUGAUGACUAACGUUCCCGCCAGACUGAUGGGUAAAGCCAGCCCGAACGGCGAGCAGUCUUCUCUGACGUUGUCCCUGGCCCUGCUUGUGUUUCUCAUCAGCAAGCAGCUGGGGAGACAGUCCCACUCCUUAUUUGUGGCCCUGAUGAAGCUGCUGUUCAGACUGCUCAUCGACUGCCUGGGGGGAAGCAGUGUCAGCUACUUCCUUCAUAUCUGACUGGGGAAUGCCUUGGCUUCUACGUUCUCAGUCUCGACGAAUAGCUCAACUCAGGAACAAGUUACCAGGCGCUGCCGGCGACUGACAGCACAUAGCCCAGGGGAAGGGGCAGAAAACAUUUAACUGAUCAAGCAAUAGUGGAAGUUGAUCUUCCGAUGACCUCCGCAAGAGAGUCCAGUCUGGUGUGACCGCUUUGAUGCCAAGCCACUGAAGUCUGGACACGCUUGAGCCUAAAUUGUGACUGUGUGCGUGUGAGAGAGAGAGAAAGUGAGAGUGGCCGGACAGCCUGAGGUCAUGGUGGGAGAUGACCGCUCUGAGGAGAUCUUCCUGAUCGGCCUGGCCGGGCAGCCCCAGACCGACCUGCGGCAGCGGGGCAGAGAGGUCUUCAAGAGGAGCCUGCGGAGAUGUCUGCAAGGGGCUUUCAGAGGGGCGCAGUAUGCCAGCAGCACCAGGGCCCCUCACUCUGGCGACACCUCCGCAGCACUGUGGUCAGAGAGCCCGUCCUACGGGCCCCAGGGGCCCUCCCUCCUCCCGGGGCUCUCCCAGCCCCAGGGCCCCCCCCAGCCGCCAGCCAGCGCCGGCAAACCCGUGGGCUCCGCUCUGGGCCUGCUCAGGACCAACAGCGCGGGGCGGGGCCUCACGGUGGCGGGCUUCAGCGGCUCCGGGGGCCCGGGGGCCCGAACGACAGAGUCCGGCGUCAACCCGGUUCUCGCCUGGCACGCCGCCAUCACCGCCGCCCGCCAAGCCCAGGGCGAGGCGGCCGGGUCAGAGGACACGAUGAGCCCCGGGCCCCCGGGGCCCCUGGCCGGCGGGGGCGGGGGGGCGUCCGGCUCGGCGGUGGCGCCGGCGGGCCUGCUGUCCCAGAGGAAGAGGCAGCAGUACGCCAAGAGCAAGAAGCAGGGAGGCUCCACAAACAGCCGGCCGCCCAGAGCGCUGUUCUGCCUCACACUCAACAACCCGGUACGCAGGGCCUGCAUCAGCCUGGUGGAGUGGAAACCGUUUGAUAUCUUUAUAUUACUGUCCAUAUUUGCCAACUGUGUGGCCUUAGCCAUAUACAUCCCCUUCCCCGGAGAUGACUCCAACUCUACCAACCAGGAACUGGAAACUGUGGAGUAUGCCUUCCUCAUCAUCUUCACAAUAGAGACGUUCCUGAAGAUCGUUGCCUAUGGUCUCGUCAUGCACCAGAACUCCUACGUGCGCAACGGCUGGAACAUGUUGGACUUUGUCAUCGUCGUCGUGGGCUUGUUCAGCGUGGUGCUGGAGCUGAUCACCAAAGACGCCGACUCCGGCUCCCAGACGGGGGGCAAGCCGGGGGGCUUUGAUGUCAAAGCCCUCCGGGCGUUCCGCGUGCUGCGGCCCCUGCGCCUGGUCUCUGGAGUGCCCAGUUUACAGGUGGUUCUAAACUCCAUCAUCAAAGCCAUGGUUCCCCUGCUGCAUAUCGCCCUGCUGGUCCUCUUUGUCAUCAUCAUCUAUGCCAUCAUCGGCCUGGAGCUCUUCAUCGGCAAGAUGCACGCCACCUGCUACCUAGGCCAGGCCCUGGCGGAGGAGGAGCCCACCCCCUGCACGCUCACGGGUCACGGGCGCCAGUGUCUGAACGGUAGCGAGUGCCGCGACGACUGGCACGGCCCCAACAACGGCAUCACCAACUUCGACAACUUCCUGUUUGCCAUGCUGACCGUCUUCCAGUGCAUCACCAUGGAGGGCUGGACCGACGUGCUGUACUGGAUGAAUGAUGCGAUGGGCUUCGAGCUGCCCUGGCUUUACUUCGUCAGUCUGGUUAUCUUUGGCUCCUUCUUCGUCCUGAACCUUGUUUUGGGAGUGUUGAGUGGAGAGUUCUCCAAGGAGCGCGAGAAGGCGAAGGCGCGUGGAGACUUCCAGAAGCUGCGUGAGAAGCAGCAGCUGGAGGAGGACCUGAAGGGCUACCUGGAUUGGAUCACGCAGGCCGAGGACAUCGACCCAGAGAACGACGAGGACUGCGACGAAGACGGCAAGCGCAACCCGAGCAUACCCACGAGCGAGACUGAAUCUGUGAACACGGAGAACCCCAGCGGAGAGGAGGGCCGCUCCAAAUGCUGCGGUCAGAUAUGUCUAAACAUCAGCAAGUCCAGGGGCAGUCGCCAGUGGCGGCGGUGGAACCGUUUUUGCCGCAGGAAGUGCCGGGCGGCGGUGAAGUCGGUGACCUUCUAUUGGCUGGUCAUCGUCCUGGUGUUCCUCAACACGCUGACCAUCUCCUCGGAGCACUACAACCAGCCGGAUUGGCUCACGGAAGUACAGGACGUGGCCAACAAGGUGCUCCUGGCCAUGUUCACUCUGGAGAUGCUGGUGAAGAUGUACAGCCUGGGCCUGCAGGCCUACUUUGUGUCGCUGUUCAACCGCUUCGACUGCUUCGUGGUAUGCGGGGGCAUCGUGGAGACCAUCCUGGUGGAGCUGGCCGUCAUGUCACCGCUGGGCAUCUCCGUGUUCCGCUGUGUGCGGCUGCUGCGCAUCUUCAAGGUCACACGGCAUUGGGCGUCGCUAAGCAACCUGGUGGCGUCGCUGCUGAACUCCAUGAAGUCCAUCGCCUCCCUGCUGCUGCUGCUCUUCCUCUUCAUCAUCAUCUUCUCCCUGCUGGGCAUGCAGCUGUUCGGGGGAAAGUUCAACUUCGACGAGACGGUCACCAAGAGGAGCACCUUCGACAACUUCCCCCAGGCCCUGCUCACCGUGUUCCAGAUCCUGACGGGCGAGGACUGGAACCAGGUCAUGUACGACGGCAUCAUGGCGUACGGUGGCCCCGCCUCCUCGGGCAUGGUGGUCUGCAUCUACUUCAUCAUCCUCUUCAUCUGUGGAAACUACAUCCUGCUGAACGUCUUCUUGGCCAUCGCCGUUGACAACCUGGCAGAUGCUGAGAGCCUCAACACGGCUCAGAAAGAGGAAGAGGAGGCAAAGAAGAGGAAGAACAAUGCCAUCUGUACAAUUGCUGACAGGAAGAAAGUAGAGGCCAAGCCAGAGAGCAGAGAAACCAAGGUGGCGGUAGAGAGUGGACUGGAGGAAGAUAAAGAGCCAUACCCUACUUUGGACACUUCGGCGUGUGAAGAGGAAGAGGAGGAGCUACCAGAGGUUCCUCCGGGGCCACGCCCCCUCAGGAUGUCCGAGCUCACCAUGAAGGAGAAGACUCCGCCCAUCCCCGAGGGCAGCGCCUUCUUCAUCUUCAGCAGCACCAACCCGUUCCGCGUGCUCUGCCACAAGCUCAUCAACCACCAGAUCUUCACCAACCUCAUCCUCGUCUUCAUCAUGCUCAGCUCCGUCUCCCUGGCCGCGGAGGACCCCAUUCGCAACUUCUCCAGACGCAACUUCAUACUUGGUUAUUUUGACUAUGCUUUCACCGCAAUCUUUACUGUUGAGAUCCUCUUGAAGAUCCUAAACAAUGCAGAUUAUGUCUUCACUAGUAUGUUUACAUUUGAGAUCCUCAUUAAGAUGACAGCGUUCGGCGCGUUCCUCCAUAAAGGGGCGUUCUGUAGGAACUACUUCAACCUCUUAGACCUGCUGGUGGUGGGCGUGUCUCUGGUGUCCUUCGGAAUUCAGUCCUCUGCCAUCUCCGUGGUGAAGAUCCUCCGCGUUCUCCGAGUGCUGAGGCCCCUGAGGGCCAUCAACAGAGCCAAGGGACUCAAGCACGUGGUCCAGUGUGUGUUCGUGGCCAUCCGAACCAUCGGUAACAUCAUGAUCGUCACCACCCUGCUGCAGUUCAUGUUUGCCUGCAUCGGGGUGCAGCUCUUCAAGGGCAAGUUUUAUCGCUGCACAGACGAUGCCAAGUCAAGCCCUGACGAGUGCAAGGGCAACUACAUCCAGUACACCAACGGCGACACGGCCCUGCCCAUGCUCAGGGAGAGGAAGUGGAACAACAGUGACUUCAACUUUGACAACGUUCUCAUGGCGAUGAUGGCCCUCUUCACCGUCUCCACCUUCGAGGGGUGGCCCUCCCUGCUGUACAAAGCCAUCGACUCCAACCGGGAGAACAUGGGUCCCAUCUACAACUACCGCGUGGAGAUCUCCAUCUUCUUCAUCAUCUACAUCAUCAUCAUCGCCUUCUUCAUGAUGAACAUCUUCGUGGGUUUCGUCAUCGUCACCUUCCAGGAGCAAGGGGAGAAGGAGUACAAGAACUGUGAGCUGGACAAGAACCAGCGCCAGUGCGUAGAGUACGCUCUGAAAGCCCGGCCUUUGCGCCGCUACAUCCCCAAGAACCCGUACCAGUACAAGUUCUGGUACGUGGUCAACUCCACGGGCUUCGAGUAUGUCAUGUUCGUGCUCAUCAUCCUCAACACCCUCUGUCUGGCCAUCCAGCACUAUAAGCAGUCUGACAUGUUUAGCUCUGCCAUGGACAUCCUCAACAUGGUCUUCACCGGAGUGUUCACCGUCGAGAUGAUCUUGAAGCUCAUCGCCUUCAAACCAAGGGGCUACGUGGGUGACGCCUGGAACGUCUUUGACGCUCUGGUGGUGAUCGGGAGUGUAGUCGAUAUCGUCCUCAGUCAGAACCAGGACAGCGCACGCAUCUCCAUCACCUUCUUCCGCCUGUUCCGGGUGAUGCGGUUGGUCAAGCUGCUGAGCAGGGGGGAGGGGAUCAGAACCCUGCUGUGGACCUUCAUCAAGUCGUUUCAGGCUCUUCCCUACGUUGCCCUUCUGAUCGCCAUGCUCUUCUUCAUCUAUGCAGUCAUCGGAAUGCAGGUGUUUGGGAAAAUAGCAAUGGUGGACGGAACACAUAUCAACCGCAACAACAACUUCCAGACGUUUCCACAGGCUGUCCUGAUGCUCUUCAGGUGUGCGACAGGUGAAGCAUGGCAGGAGAUAAUGCUGGCCUGUAUGCCGAGCGAAAAUUGUGACUCUGAGUCGGGGGAGAAGAGCUGUGGCAGCGGCUUCGCCAUCAUCUACUUCAUCAGCUUCUACAUGCUCUGCGCCUUCCUGAUCAUUAACCUGUUUGUGGCCGUCAUCAUGGACAACUUUGACUACCUUACUCGGGAUUGGUCCAUUCUGGGGCCACAUCACCUGGAUGAGUUCAAGAGGAUCUGGUCCGAAUACGACCCUGAAGCCAAGGGUCGGAUCAAACAUCUGGACGUGGUGACCCUGCUGAGGAGGAUCCAGCCUCCCCUGGGCUUCGGGAAGCUCUGUCCCCACCGGGUGGCGUGCAAGCGUCUGGUGGCGAUGAACAUGCCUCUGAACAGCGACGGCACGGUGAUGUUCAACGCCACGCUGUUCGCCCUGGUCCGGACCGCGCUGAAGAUCAAGACUGAGGGUAACCUGGACCUGGCCAACGAGGAGCUGAGGGCGGUCAUCAAGAAGAUCUGGAAGAGGACCAGCAUGAAGCUUCUGGACCAAGUGGUUCCAGCCGCAGGCGAUGACGAGAUAACGGUGGGGAAGUUCUACGCCACCUUCCUGAUCCAGGACUACUUCAGGAAGUUCAAGCGACGCAAGGAGCAAGGCCUGGUGGGGAGGCACCCCUGGGAUGGACUCAACACCACCAUGGCACUGCAGGCCGGUCUGCGGACGCUGCACGACAUCGGACCGGAGAUUCGGCGCGCCAUAUCAUGUGACCUGCAGGAGGAGGGGCUGGUGGAGGCCAAUGGAGAGGAGGAGGAGGAGAUCUACAGGGUAAACACGGCCAGUGGAGUUGAUGUGGCGCUUGGAGUCUGAAUGGGAUUAGAACGGGUUGCGCUGUCGUUCAAUCAAACUGGGCUUUUAGUAUUGCUGCAUUUAACCACACAAGUUGCAUCUCUUGCUCCCUCAAAUUGUAUUAUUUUGAUACUUUUUCUACCAUGAUUAUCACAACGAGAGCCUCGUCGUCAAGACCAACUUGCUGGGCUUAUCUUUAUCUUUGUGUACAUCGAUUAUGAAUAAGUUAAAUAAAUUGAGUCAUUGGGAAACUCCAAAAAGAAUGUGGUAUCCGUAGCUGGGUAACAGAAAAAUCAUAUUGUGAGAGGAAGCGGAUAUAAGAUCUUGUGGUUACUUCUCAGACAGAGCAUCAUGGUUUGAUACCCUGGAAAUGUAGAGGAAAACAAAUUUCCCUGUUACCUG